UACAUUAUCUCUAUUCUUGCUUUGUGUUCCUCAGGUCAUGAACGCAAAUUAAAGCAUAUAUAAGAGCCACAGGUCAUCGGCACGGAACAAGCAUUUUACGGCUAAACCUGUUGCCAAGUCUGGUUGAGGCUUGUUGGUCAGUUAAUGUAUAGAGUAAAGAGGUUGAAACUUGAAGACAAAACCGAAGGAAGUUGGAAAAGUUUUGCAGCUGUCAAGAUGACCGCAGUGGACGCCCUCUCAGACAGCACGGAGGUGGUGGAAAUGGAAGAUGUUUCCUCACAGUUUUUUGUGGAGAAGCACUCAUGGGAUGGUUUGCGUGACAUCAUUCAUGGCAGCCGCAAAUACUCUGGAAUGAUCAUAAACAAAGCACCCCAUGACUUCCAGUUCGUGCAGAAGCAGGAUGAGUCCGGCCCCCAUUCACACCGACUUUACUACCUUGGAAUGCCUUAUGGAAGUAGGGAAAACUCCUUACUUUACUCUGAAAUUCCAAAGAAAAUAAGGAAAGAUGCCCUGCUGGUGUUGUCCUGGAAACAAAUGCUGGAUCACUUCCAGGCAACACCCCAUCAUGGUGUUUAUUCUCGGGAAGAGGAGCUUUUACGAGAGAGGAAGCGUCUAGGGGUUUUUGGGAUCACAUCGUAUGAUUACCAUGCCCAGAGUGGUCUGUUCCUCUUCCAGGCGAGCAACAGCCUCUUUUACUGCCGUGAUGGUGGAAACAAUGGUUUCAUUCAGGCUCCCAUAAAGCCAGUAGAGAUCAAGACUCAGUGCUCAGGGAUCCGAAUGGAUCCUAAGAUAUCCCCCGGUGAUCCCAGUUUCAUCGCAUUCAUCAAUAACAGUGAUCUGUGGGUGACUAACAUUGAGACUGGAGAGGAGAAAAGACUCACCUUUUGUCAUAAAGGGUUGAAAAAUGUUAAGGAUGACCCAAAAUCUGCUGGCGUUGCCACAUUUGUGAUUCAAGAGGAGUUUGAUCGUUUCACAGGGUAUUGGUGGUGUCCAGCUGCCCCAGAAGACCCUGAUGGGGGUAAAACCCUUCAGCUUCUCUAUGAGGAGGUAGAUGAGUCAGAAGUGGAGAUAAUUCAUGUUCCCUCCCCAGCUUUAGAGGAACGGAAGGCGGAUGUCUACAGAUACCCACGUACAGGGAGUAAAAACCCCCAAAUCAGCCUCAAACUGGUGGAGAUUAGGACCGACCAUCUGGGAAAAAUUGUUAGCACGCAGAGCAAAGAGCUUGUGCUGCCCUUCGACACUUUGUUUCCUGGAGUAGAGUACAUUGCUAGAGCUGGAUGGACAAGGGAUGGCAAAUAUGCUUGGGCAGUGCUCCUGGACCGUAGUCAACAGAGGCUUCAGCUUGUUCUUUUGCCACCUGCAUUGUUCAUCCCUGUCUGUGAGGAUCACACACUGUGGGAACAGCAGGUCGAGGCCCUGCCGGAGGGAAUGCACCCCUUCAUCAUUUACGAGGAAGUCACUGAUAUCUGGAUCAAUGUCCAUGACAUCUUCUAUCCUUUCAUUCAAACUACUGAUGACGAGAUCACCUUCCUGUGGGUAAAUGAAUCCAAAACAGGAUUUUGCCAUUUGUACAAAGUGACAAGUCUCUUACAGCAGGGCUGUUACCAGUGGUCCAGAGACUACACUCACUCAGAGGAUGAUUUUAAAUGCCCAAUAAAGGAAGAGGUGACAUUAACAAGCGGAGAGUGGGAAGUACUUGCCAGACACGGCUCAAAGAUCUGGGUAAAUGAAGCCACAAAGUUAGUGUACUUCCAGGGUACAAGAGACACGCCUCUGGAGCACCAUCUGUAUGUGGUGAGCUAUGAAUCUCCAGGAGACAUAGUGAGGCUGACAAAACCUGGUUUCACCCAUAGCUGCUCCAUCAGUCAGAACUUUGACAUGUUCAUCAGCCACUACAGCAAUGUGAGCACCCCUCCCUGUGUUCAUGUUUACAAACUGGUUGGCUCUGAUAGUGACCCCUUACACAAAGAGCCAGAGUUCUGGGCCAGCAUGAUGGAAGCUACAGGUUGUCCCACAGAUUACAUCCCACCUCAAAUUUUUAGUUUUCCAGGGAGAUCUGGCUUUGAGUUGUAUGGAAUGUUAUACAAGCCACAUAACCUAAAACCUGGCAAAAAACAUCCAACAAUUCUGUUUGUCUACGGUGGUCCUCAGGUCCAGUUGGUGAAUAACUCCUAUAAGGGUGUGAAGUACCUGCGUCUCAAUACUCUAGCAUCUCUGGGCUAUGCGGUGGUGGUUAUCGAUGGGAGGGGCUCUUGCCAAAGAGGCCUAAAGUUUGAGGGAGCUCUAAAAAACAAAAUGGGCCAGGUGGAAAUUGAGGACCAAGUGGAAGGCCUGCAGUAUGUGGCAGACAAGUACAAGUUCAUAGACUUGAGUCGUGUGGCCAUCCAUGGAUGGUCUUAUGGGGGCUUCUUGUCACUCAUGGGCCUCAUCCACAGACCCAAUGUCUUCAAGGUGGCAAUAGCAGGUGCUCCAGUAACUGUGUGGAUGGCGUAUGACACUGGCUACACUGAGCGCUACAUGGGCGUCCCAGAGAAUAAUCAGCAGGGUUACGAAGCAGGAUCAGUCGCCCUGCAAGUGGACAAGCUGCCAAGCGAACCAAACAGAUUACUCAUCUUGCAUGGAUUCCUUGACGAGAACGUGCAUUUUUUCCACACCAAUUUCCUUGUGUCCCAGCUGAUCCGUGCAGGGAAGCCAUAUCAGUUACAGAUCUAUCCGAAUGAGAGGCACAGCAUCCGCUGCCCAGAAUCUGGAGAGCACUACGAGAUCAUGCUGCUUCAUUUUCUCCAGCAGUAUCUAUGAGUGGGGCUGACCUUGCCCGGGCAGCCACCCCAUCUGCCCCACAUUUGACAGCUACUAGCCGCUCCUGCUCAGCCCCCCGUGACGCCCUGCCGUAGACUUUUGCUUGUGUAUUCUCUUUCUGAGAAGAGAUUUCAGCAACCGUGAACAGACUUGAGAAGUUGUCAUCAGAAAUGGAAGUUGCUGCAUGUUUUAACUACAGAGUGAACGGAAAAGCAUAAGAAUGACAUAAGGAUGCCAUGAUCAGUGGAUCAUAUGUAUGGAGACAAAUUGAAGCCAAAAGUAUUGUACAUUUCUUAAAAUUGUAAUUGAUUUUUUUUGUAUUCUAAAGUGGCCUUUUUACUGUUUUUAUCGGUAAACCUGACUUGUAGACAGUACAGUGGUCAUUAAAUAAAUGCGUUAAAAACUGAUGGUAUAUCACACUUCACAGAAAGAGCUCAUAUUUACGCACAUGAAAAUUAUGACCCUUUUAUUUACACCUCAUGAAUUACUGAGGUCAGUUUCAUAAGCUUUAGGCAAUGUUGAUUCAGUCUUCAGUUCCGACAUGCUGUAAUGACUUACCCCAACAUGAUUUUUUACGUAAUAACAAUCUGACCAAAUAAUUCAAACACUGUAAAAGGCAGGCAUUUUAACCGCUAACGAGAACAAAGAGCGUGAGGUAGCCUAUUGGAUUAUGCACACUUCAUGGCCGCAGCACCCACUGCUGCCUCAUCUUCUUUGUUUUCAUUUACACUGUUUAAUUUUUCUUCUUCCACAGUGCACCUGAAUCUUAGACUGUCAAAUCUGGAGCUCUUACUGUUUGUCUCUCGUGCUCAAACAAUGUCAAAA